AUCAGAAACCGGCGGCGCCCGGAAUAUGCGAACGAGACACGGUAGGGGGGGUGGGAAUCUAAGUGUCAUGUGACGCUGGCAUUGACUGACGGGCGGUGGCUGAAGCGGAGCCCGGACUCUGUUUUGAUGGCUUCGACUUUGACACAAGGCUUGGAGAGAAUCCCAGACCAGCUGGGUUACCUGGUCAUUAGUGAAGAUGGAGUCCUCUCCUCAGCAGGCGAGCUGGAGAACGAUGAACACGCUGCGGGAGUGAUCAUGCGCAUGAUGCAGACAGCUGUCAAACUCUGCAUGAAUGGCAACAGCGAGCCUUUCUUCAAGAGGAUGUCUGUGGUAUUCGGAGAGCACACGUAUAUGGCGACAAUUUCUGGUCAGAAAGUGUUUGUAGUUAAAAGGCACAAUAACCCUCAUGAGGUGGUUGAAGUGUAACAGGGUAGCGGUGAGAGAGAGAAAGCGACGGAGCCACCUCUGAUCCUGAUGGCGUGGAUCACGUUUCCUGCACGGAUUUUGGACAGCAAAUCAUUUCCAGCAGUUGACUCCUGAACGUUCUGUUUAGGAGCAGCCAGUUUCUCGUUCCUUCGCGGUUGUACAGCGAGUAAUUGAACGCAAUGUGUGGCGUCUUCGCAACGACUGUAAACUCCGUUUGUCACGGUUUGACAAUCACUAUUCUAUCACUUCUCCCCCACAAAGAAAAUGCUGCGACUGUGAAGCUAUUAGACUUAUUUUUGUCCCUUUCAAUUUUUUUUUUGCAUUAACCAGUUUUUAAAAAAAAAAACAUACUUCAAAAUGCAUCGGUGUAAAUGUCUCCAGACUCUUUCCUCAAACUCUGCUCUCUGAUGGUUUAGACAAUGGAGAGAGAAUGGUAGAAAUUUAGAUAGUUUUACUGUACUGUGGAACUCGCUGUUGCUUCUCAAUUGUAACUUGUGGUGUUUAAGAUAAUAACUUUUCAAGUCACAAUAAAUGUUUGGUACACACUCGA